AUGUCUGCUUUGACUUCAUUCAAACGUUCUUCUACUUUAGCUAGAAGUGCUUAUUCCGCUGUUAGAACUUAUGCUACUGCUGAACCAACUUUAAAACAAAGAUUAGCCGAAAUCUUACCAGAAAAGGCUGAAGAAGUUAAACAAUUAAAGAAAGAACAUGGUAAAACCGUUAUUGGUGAAGUUUUAUUAGAACAAGCUUACGGUGGUAUGAGAGGUAUCAAGGGUUUAGUUUGGGAAGGUUCCGUUUUAGACCCAAUUGAAGGUAUCCGUUUCAGAGGUAGAACUAUCCCAGAUAUCCAAAAGGAAUUACCAAAGGCUCCAGGUGGUGAAGAACCAUUACCAGAAGCAUUAUUCUGGUUAUUAUUAACUGGUGAAGUUCCAUCAGAAGCUCAAACCAGAGCUUUAUCUGAAGAAUUUGCUGCUAGAUCCGCUUUACCAAAACACGUUGAAGAAAUCAUUGACAGAUCUCCAUCUCACUUACAUCCAAUGGCUCAAUUCUCCAUUGCUGUUACUGCUUUAGAAUCCGAAUCUCAAUUCGCUAAGGCUUAUGCUAAGGGUGUUAACAAGGCUGAUUACUGGAAAUACACUUAUGAAGAUUCUAUUGACUUAUUAGCCAAAUUACCAAACAUUGCUGCUAAGAUUUACAGAAAUGUUUUCCAUGAUGGUAAAUUACCAGCUGCCAUUGAUUCCAAAUUAGAUUAUGGUGCUAACUUAGCUAACUUAUUAGGUUUCGGUGGUAACAAGGAAUUCGUUGAGUUGAUGAGAUUAUACUUAACCAUCCACUCUGAUCAUGAAGGUGGUAACGUUUCUGCUCACACCACCCACUUGGUUGGUUCCGCUUUAUCUUCUCCAUUCUUAUCCCUUGCCGCUGGUUUAAACGGUUUAGCUGGUCCAUUACAUGGUAGAGCUAACCAAGAAGUCUUGGAAUGGUUAUUCAAAUUAAAGGAAGAAUUAAAGGGUGAUAUUUCCAAAGAAGCCAUUGAAAAAUACUUAUGGGAAACUCUUAAUGCCGGUAGAGUUGUUCCAGGUUACGGUCAUGCUGUUUUAAGAAAGACUGAUCCAAGAUAUACUGCUCAAAGAGAAUUUGCUCUUAAGCACAUGCCAGACUAUGAUUUAUUCAAGUUAGUUUCUAACAUUUAUGAAGUUGCUCCAGGUGUUUUAACUAAACACGGUAAGACCAAGAACCCAUGGCCAAAUGUGGAUUCUCAUUCUGGUGUCUUAUUACAAUACUACGGUUUGACUGAAGAAUCUUUCUACACUGUCUUAUUCGGUGUUUCUAGAGCUUUCGGUGUCUUACCACAAUUAAUCCUUGACCGUGGUAUCGGUAUGCCAAUUGAAAGACCAAAGUCCUUCUCCACUGAAAAGUACAUUGAAUUGGUUAAGAACAUCAAGGGUAACUAA